AUGUAGUAUAAUGAAGUAAAGAAUUUAAUUGGAAAAAAUCAUAAAAAAAAUACUAAAUUUCACCAAAAUUACUUUGUGAAGAUUUAUUAAAUUUAGCAAGUAUUAAUGUAUAUUCAUUCAGUAAAACAUUCAAGAUUUUGAUUUAAUGGAAUGA